GGCAGAAGCAGGGGUAGAAGGAGAGGUUGUAACUGUCAAACAUCCACACGCAGUUCAAGGUACAACAAAGCUUCAGUGGACACGAUGGCUAGUCCAGGCAAAGAGAAUUACAGGAUGAAGAGCUAUAAGAACAAAGCACUGAAUCCUCAGGAGAUGCGUCGAAGGAGAGAGGAAGAAGGAAUCCAGCUACGCAAACAGAAAAGAGAGGAGCAGCUGUUUAAGAGGAGAAAUGUAUGUGUACCUUCAAGUGAUGAAUCAAUGCUGGAGUGUCCCAUCCAGGAUCCAGACAUCAGCUCCACAGUACCCAUUGCAGGUGAUGGAGUCAUAACUCCAGAUAUGAUUCAGAUGAUCUUCUCUGAAGACCCAGAUCAGCAGCUAAUUGCUACACAGAAGUUCAGGAAGUUACUCUCCAAAGAGCCCAACCCUCCCAUUGAUGAGGUCAUUUCCACUCCUGGUGUUGUGAAUCGUUUUGUGGAGUUUCUGAAGAGGAGCGAAAACUGCACGCUGCAGUUUGAGGCUGCCUGGGCUCUAACUAACAUUGCCUCAGGUACCUUCCUGCACACCAAGGUGGUGAUUGAAACAGGAGCUGUGCCCAUUUUCAUUGAACUGCUGAACUCUGAGUAUGAGGAUGUCCAGGAACAGGCGGUGUGGGCAUUGGGGAACAUAGCUGGAGAUAAUGCUGAGUGCAGAGACUACGUGCUCAACUGUGGCAUCCUGCCAUCUCUACAGCAACUGCUUGCUAAAUCCAACCGUCUCACAACAACCCGUAAUGCAGUGUGGGCACUGUCUAACCUGUGCCGGGGGAAGAACCCACCACCUGAUUUUGCCAAGGUGUCUCCUUGUCUCAGCGUAUUGUCCAGGCUUCUGUUCAGCAGUGAUCCAGAUGUGCUGGCUGAUGCAUGCUGGGCUCUGUCUUACUUGUCUGAUGGCCCCAACGAGAAGAUCCAGACAGUCAUUGAUUCUGGAGUCUGCCGCCGGCUGGUGGAGCUGCUCAUGCACAGUGAUUACAAGGUGGUUUCUCCUGCUUUACGUGCAGUGGGCAACAUUGUGACAGGAGAUGACAUUCAGACACAGGUGAUCUUGAACUGCUCAGCUCUGCCAUGUUUACUGCACCUGCUUAGCAGUCCCAAGGAGUCCAUCAAAAAGGAGGCAUGUUGGACUGUGUCCAACAUCACAGCAGGAAACAGAGCUCAGAUUCAGAAUGUGAUUGAUGCCAACAUCUUCCCAGUACUGAUUGAGAUCCUUCAGAAGGCUGAGUUCCGCACAAGGAAGGAGGCAGCGUGGGCCAUCACCAAUGCCACCUCUGGAGGCACUCCUGCACAGAUCAAGUACCUGGUGUCUCUGAACUCCAUUAAGCCCAUGUGUGACCUGCUGACAGUGAUGGACUCUAAGAUUGUACAAGUGUCUCUAAACGGUCUGGAGAACAUCCUCAGACUGGGAGAACAGGAAGCCAAACAGAACGGAACUGGCAUCAACCCUUACUGUGCUCUCAUCGAGGAGGCUUACGGUCUGGAUAAGAUCGAGUUCCUGCAGAGCCACGAGAACCAGGAAAUCUACCAGAAGGCCUUCGACCUGAUUGAACACUACUUCGGCGUGGAGGAGGAGGAUGCCAGCCUGGCACCACAAGUGGACCAAAGUCAGGGCCAGUUCAUCUUCCAGCAGCAGGAAGGACCCAUGGAGGGUUUCCAGCUCUAACCCCACCUCACCUCCUCAGCCAUUCCUUUUUCCUGGUUCUCUAAACCCCCGCUGGAGACAGCCGCCUACUGGCCUGCAAACUCUCCUGGGUCCUCACCUCGUCUCUCCUGGGCCAGCUCCCCCAGACCUUCACUUCUACAAUGCCUUCACCACCAGCUCUGGAGAGACAGAGGGAUUUGUGAAUAAUGAGAUGACAAGUGACAGCACAUGUGGCUGAUUGAAACUGUGGGGGCCUGCAUGGAGAGCUCAGCUCGGCUGGUGUCCCUCCCACUGAUGAGAUGUCUAUGCCAUUGAAGGCCUACUCAUGUUAAAGAAAGAAUUGUGCUACAGUAUGAUUUUCCUUUGACUUCCUGUCAUUUUAUCAUCCUAAAUGAUGUUACAAUUAGAAACUAGUUUUUCCAAAUCAGCAUCCAUAUCCCUUUUUGAAUGUGAAACUACCUCUUCAGUCUUCAGAGAGAAAGAAAAAGAAGGGAAGGACAGAAAAGCCCUGAAUGAACAGAUGGAGCAUUUUCUUUUAUUAUAGCUAAAAUCCACUCUUGAGUAAAAUCCCUGGUGUUCAGAUUUGGGGUUUGGUGGCUGACCUGCCAGAAGCAAGGAAGCAGGUAGUGGAUGUUAAAUACAGUACUACUGUACAUCCUGGGUUUGGCAUACUAAAACUCUGAAGCAGCUGCACAUGUUCUCUGGGCUCUUUCUCCUCUCCUGUUGAUUUAAAUGGACUUGAUGACCACCUGGGGACUCAGUGGUCUUUAUUUAUUUGUCUUCUGAGAUCCAUUGAGGAACUCUCUCUCUUAUCCAGCCUUCAGCUCAGCCUGAAGGCAACUGCUUCCUGAAUUAUGUAAUUGGACAACUGGCACAAGUUAGUUUGAAAUCUGUGACUGUGUUGGCUGUUCACUGGUGUUUUUGCUGCUUAUUUUAAAUGUUCUGUAUUUCAGAAAGCAGUAUCAGGGCAAUGCAACAUGAUGCAGUGUGCGCAACAGUCUCACUAGUUAAUGAGAUGUUUGCUUUGUUUUCUACCUUGUCACCCUGAACUAGCAGCAUGAUGUAUCUUAAAUUAUUAUUAUUUUCUGCCUGCAAUCGUUUCCCUUGAUGUGAUGGGAUUAGUUGACUGAAUUGGAGGGUUUUGUAUAUUAUAUAUACAUGUUAGAAAGUGUAAAAGUAUUUAAGUGGCUGUGGGAAGGUGUGGU